AUGUGCCAGACGGUCUACUACAGCUACAGCUGCGGCCACCUCGAGUGCGUUGUCUACCGCUGCCGCCGCAUUCCGGCCCACCCGUCCAGGUGGGAGCUCUACGACUGCGUCACGCGCGCGGCCGCCGACGGGUCCUGGAGGACGAGCCUGCGCGAGCCGUGCCACGACUGCGUCGAGGCGGAGCGCCUGCGUCGGUGGACGCUGCAGCGCGGGGGCCGGGCGGCGCCUUGGAACCUUGCCGGGCGGCGCAUGAGCAACGGCACGCGCAUCAGCCAGUCGGCGUCUGCACCGAACAUCGGCGAGGUGCAGAAUCAACAGCGACAGCAGCAGCAGCAGCAGCAGCACCAAGUUGCCUCGCAGCAACGGCUCGUGCGGCACGUGCAGGGGAGCCGUGACGGUUCGGCGAGCAGCUCCUCUAGCAUGGGCUGGGACGGCCGGGUGAUCAGGCCGCUCGACUCGAAUUACCUGGGCAACAUUGGGCGGAUCACGUUGGACGGUGUCCACUGGGAGGACGUGACGGCGGCGGAGAUCUUUGAGGCGAGAUUUUGA